UAAGGUGAAGGCAGCCUCUUUUCAAUGUGACUUGCACUCGCUCGACUUGAAACCAGAGGCGAGGUUCAGGGUUUGGGGAACAAGACGAAGAAGGAGAGGAAGAAGCGGCAACUGAUGAGACAGAAAACAUAUGUUGAGAACUUACUUCUCUCUUAGGGUCGUGUUAAGAAUUUUAAUUAAGCUUUGAUCAGGCGUCUUGAGAUCUGCCGGUCGGUCCCCUCUAGGAUUGUGCUGUGUGGUCGUGGCAGGAACACGCCCUGACUCCUGGAUAUGGCAGGUCUCCGUGGUGUCAAGAUCCUGCUGCUCUGGGCUGGAAUCAUUGGUUUGGCCAAAUACAAUGCUCCCACUGCCUCACCUACAACCAGCGACACAAAAGUCCCUCCGUCCCUGACCUCACCUGAAGUCACCUGGCUCAACACCACAGUGGAUAACACCACCCGAGUGCGUCGCUCUACAGCUCCACCGCUAGAGUGUAAUUACACUGUAAAACCCAUCAAGUUUGGCUUCCAGAUUAACAUCACAAGCUCUGCAGUUAACCCUGUUCCUACCUCCAUAAUGAUUCAUGAAGAAGGGAAACCACAGAUUGAAGCAAGAGCCUCAGCUCCUCAUUCCAAUCGAAGUUCAUCCCAUGAAAUCAAACAGCUGAAGCCCUGCACUAAAUAUGAGUUUAAUGUGACACUUGACGAUAAAGACCGACCAACGCCCUGCGAAUGCAUGACUGUAAAUGAUCCCAUUACAGAUCCAAUAAUGAAAGAGGACAUUGAAGAUGCCAACUGCAGCUCUACCAGCAGCAAAUCCGUGUGUUACCGAACUGGAUGGGACAUCAGCUCUUUACAAACGACUCCAGAUAUGAUCCCAGAUCUGCAAUGUGGCAACAACACCGUCUGUUUCAAACCUGGUUCUGAUGACAUUUGCUCUAUUAUGACUUUCAACUUCAGUUCGAAAACCUGCACCAGCACUUCCUUUCAGCUCAACAGACACAUCAAAAUUCGCGAUUUUUUAGAUGUCAAAAAUAUAAAUCAAACUGCUCCAACACAUUUCCUGUAGAAUUUAAAGCAGAAUUACCUCCAAACUGCAACCUCUCCAUUGAUUACACCUGUCAUGUUUUCUAUCCUCGUCGAGGCCACUACCCAUGGUUUGACAGAUUCAAUGAGACUAAGAAUCUAUCUCAGCUGGAGCCUUUCAUGGACUACGAGUGUAUCGGUCUCAUCAAGGACAAGAACAAUGUCAACGUAUACAACACAACUGAAGUUAAAGUCCGGAUCGACUGUGAUCUCAAAAUAGACUUCACAAUUACAAGCACCACCAACACAUCCUCUCAGCUGACCUGGACCACGACCAGUAACAGAUGUAAAAACGUGAUUCAGAAUCUUCCGAAGCUUUCGUUCCUCUGCCGCUGUGGAGAUUCAUCCCAACGUGUAAGGUG